AUGUCGGCUGAAACGGCAUUAAACUCCAAGAAACAGAGAGGAGUUAUGAAUCCGUCGGCUUCCACGUCUUUCGCACCAGCCUCAUCAAGCAAGAGGAAUCAAGUGUACGACAUAGUCAACAUCAGCCUCGACGUAGCGGCCAAUAUAGCCGAGGGAUCAGACGUACUUUCUCCUCUGAAGGCGGCGUGUCGGACAACAAAGUCCAUCCUCGAAGCAACGGAGAACAACCAAGAAGAAUGGAACAACCUCGGGCUACGUUUGAAAGAAUAUAUCUCCGCGCUCGAGGAUCAAGUCGCCUUGUUCGAGACAUAUCACGGGGACGGUGCCGUAGACAAGGCGUUCAGCCAGCCGCUCAUCCACUAUGUUGAAUUCCUCGAAAUUAUGUAUGAUACUGUUGUCGAUCUCAAGAAGAAACGCAGCAAAACCGGCAUCUUUACAGCGUUCAGAAAAGAUCGACAUCGGCAGUUCAUGGAGGCAUUGGGGCUUUGCACUGGGAUACAUGUUCAAGCCAUCAAACGGGACAUCAAGGUUACCAAAGGAGACAUGGAGGUUACCAAGGCUAAUGUGGAGACCAUUUUGACGGAGGUCGACACUGCUGCUAUACUUCAACUGCCAAUCGUAGCAUUUGUCCCAUCCUCAGUCCAUCGCACAUGCCUGGAAGGAACACGUAAGGCUGUUCUUCAGACGAUCUGGCAGUGGGCCGAUGAUAAAACGUCGGAGAAGCCUAUAUUUUGGCUCUGUGACAUAGCCGGCUCCGGCAAGUCCACAGUCGCAAUGUCUGCAGUGGAAAAAUGGCGAGGAGAGGGGGUGCUAGGCGGUCAAUUCUUCUUCUCUAUAGCAAGCAAUGAAGGAUCGACCACCGACAAAUUCUGCUCCACCAUAGCAAGAGACCUUGUUCAGUACAUCCCUGAGCUCGCACCGCACGUUGCUGGAGCCGUGAAGCGAAAUCCGUCUGUUAUACGAAGCUCUAUUGACGAGCAAUUUCAGACGCUUGUCGUCUACCCUAUUUGUCAUCAACAAAGGCGUGUAAUCCUCGUCAUAGACGCCCUGGACGAAUGUAGAUCUGGACCACAGCGAAGAGAGCUAGUUGACACUCUUUCGACCGCUGUUCGACAAAACAAAAACCUCAGGAUAUUCAUGACGAGUCGACCUGACCCUGUCGUGCAAGCAGUCUUAGGGUCGCUCUCAAUCAAGGCCAAGUUGGAAGAUCGCCUUCACGACGUCAGACAUCGCGAUAAUGUCGACGACAUUGCGGUCUAUGUAUAUCAGUCACUAGAUGAUAUACUCUCGGAGGAUAAGAAGCAGAGGCUUGUCAAAAAAGCCAACGGAUUGUUCAUCUGGGCAAGCACCGCAUGUCGAAUGCUCAAUAGCGAGACCAGUUUGAGCCCUCCGGGAAUCAUAUACAAUCGUCUGAUGUCCAUGGGCCAGGCUGGAGCCAUGGAUGAUCUAUAUACUCUCAUCUUCGAGCGCACAGACCCCGAGUACCACGCGGUCAUGUAUCAAAUGCUCGCUCUGCUACUCGCCGCAUUUGAGCCUCUCACCUCCGAUGAUCUCGACGAUAUCCUGAAGCACGCUGGAGUAGAGGGGAGCGCGAAGGCAUUCGUGAGGAAUCUUGGAAGUGUACUUACCGAGGAUAGAACCACAAAGCUUAUCCAAUUUCGACACCCUACCCUCGUUGAGUUCCUUCGACGGUGCUCUAUCACCCAGGGCGUCGAUGGCCACCAAAAAUUACACAUCAAUAUUGCCAACGCGCAUGGUCAGGUUGCAUCGUGGUGUCUCAACCGCCUCAAGUCACGAAAUGAGGGACUUAGGUUCAACAUAUGUCAAAUCGAGUCAUCUUUCUACCUAAAUAGGGAGAUCCCAAACCUCGACGCCAAAAUAUCAGAGUUCAUAUCUAGGCGACUUCGAUAUGCCAGCUCUCAUUGGUUGUUUCAUGUUGCGGAAACAACCGACAACUGGCGGUUUACGCUCAAGAGGGAGCUUCAGAGCCUUAUUCAAGUCCCACAUGUGCUACACUGGAUGGAGAUACUGAGCUUCAUCCGGGGAGUGCCACGAGCGAUAGCCGGUCUUAAAGCGGUUACAAACACAGAACUUGAAGAAGGAGCCAAAAAUAGUAUGAACGAGAUCCGACGGUUUAUCAUCGCAUUUUCAGUCCCCAUCCAGGACAGUGCACCCCAUAUCUACAUCUCCGCACUUCCAUUUACUCCCACGAAGACAAAUCUUCAUAUCGGGGGUAUAGAAAAGUAUAUCGAAACCCUCACUGUGACACAAGGGCUUGAGAAGGUGUACCCUGGGUUACCCAAAACCCUUGAAGGUCACAAAGGAUGGAUCAACGCCGUUUCAUUCUCGCCAGAUGGCUCAAAAAUUGUCUCUGGGUCGUCCGACAAGAUGAUCAGGCUGUGGGAUGCAUACACUGGUCAGCCAUUAGGGGAACCACUUCGAGGGCAUGAAGACUCAGUUGUGGCCAUCGCAUUCUCGCCGGACGGCUCACAUAUCGUCUCGGGCUCGAAGGACAACACGAUAAGAUUGUGGGAUGCAGCCACUGGCGUACCUUUAGGAGAGCCACUCCAAGGUCACGACGGUUGGGUCAACGCUGUCAUAUUCUCGCCAGACGGGUCACGAAUUGUAUCUGGUUCAAAAGACAAGACAAUCCGGCUCUGGGAUGUAUCCACUGGUCAUUCAUUGGGGGAGCCAAUCAAAGGUCACAAAUAUUCGGUCCGGGCCGUCGCGUUCUCACCAGAUGGUUCGCGAAUUGUCUCCGGCUCGGAAGACAAGAUGAUCUGCCUGUGGGACGCAGUCACUGGCGAAUCGUUGGGCGAGCCGCUCAAAGGCCAUGAAUAUUCAGUUAACACCGCCGUUUUCUCGCCAGAUGGUUCACGCAUCGUCUCUGGCUCGUCUGACAAGAAGAUUCGACUGUGGGAUGCAUUCACUGGCGAGCCAUUAGGAGAGGCGAUCAGAGGCCACAACGAUGUGGUCAACGCAGUUGCGUUUUCCCCAGGUGGCUCACAAAUCGUCUCUGUCUCCUCCGACGGUACGCUUCGACUGUGGGAUGCGGCCACUGGUCAGUCAUCGGGGGAGCCAAUUAGUGGCCACGAUGAUUCGGUUUCGAGUGUUGCCUUCGACCCCAACAGCUCAAGAAUUGUCUCUGGUUCAUCCGACAAGACAAUCAGACUGUGGGAUGCAAGCACCGGUCACUCAUUAGGAGAGCCACUCGGAGGCCACGAAUACUCCGUCCGGGCUGUCGCAUUCUCUCCAGAUGGCUUAAAAAUAGUCUCUGGCUCAUCUGAUAAGACAAUCAGACUUUGGGAUGCAGUUACUGGCGAGUCGUUAGGAGAGCCACUCAGCGGCCAUGAAUAUUCGGUUAACGCCAUUAUGUUCUCUCCAGAUGGCUCACGAGUCGUCUCUGGCUCGUCUGACAAGACGGUUCGGCUGUGGGAUGCAGUAACUGGUGAGCCAUUUGGAGAACCAAUCAAUGGCCACGAGGAUUGGAUCAAGGCCGUCGCAUUCUCCCCCGACGGCUCACAAAUCGUCUCUGGCUCGUCCGACAGUACGAUCCGGUUGUGGGAUGCAAUCACUGGACAGUCAAUAGGAGAGCCACUCAGAGGUCACUCAGAUUGGGUCAACUCGGUCGCGUUCUCACCAGACAGCUCACAAAUUGUCUCUGGCUCGUCGGACAAUACAAUUCGACUAUGGAAUACAAAAAAUGGACAGCCAUUGGCAGCGCCGCUUAUAGGCCACGAAAAUUGGGUAAAUGCCGUUGCCUUCUCACCGGAUGGUUUACGAAUCGCCUCUGGCUCGUCGGACAAUACAAUUCGACUCUGGGAGAAUGCCACUGGUGCUUCACUGGGGGAACCACUCAGCGGUCACGAGCAUUGGGUAAACAGCAUUGCCUUCUCACCAGACGGUUCAAUAAUUGUCUCUGGCUCGGAGGACAAGACAGUUCGAUUGUGGAGUGCAGUCACUGGUCAGCCAUUGGGAGAGCCACUCAGAGGCCAUGAAUCAUCGGUCUGGGCGGUCGCGUUCUCCCCAGAUGGCUCACGAAUUGUCUCCGGCUCCUCUGACAAGACGGUUCGACUGUGGGAGGUUGGCGCUGGAGAUGCAGAGAACACCAUCCAGGAUGACGGAGAGUCUACACUCUCAGAUCACAGUGAAGAUCUCCCGGGCACCCAACUGACAAUCAAUAUACCUGGGUUCAAACAGUGCUCACUUUUACACGAUGGCUGGGUUCAAUCUUCCGGGAAACGUCUCUUCUGGGUACCUCCGGACAAUCGACAUGGGUUGCAAUACUCGCGCCUCCUCUUGACUAUGCCGACAGCCAGUUCUUUCCCGAGUAUCAACAAUGUCCGUGGACUUCACAACCCUGGUCACAGACAGCAGUUGAGAGUGUUAACUACAUCUGAGCAAUACAAGCCGCCCUCAAACCAAGAGCGAUCCCCUUGGAAUGACGACCGUGACCGCUAUAUACAGUUCCGGAAUGAUUUGAGGACGGCGAUGCGAGAUUACCUGGGCAAGACCAACGUCCCCAUUAGGGACCAGUUCGAGGUAGCGCAGAGGUACAUCUGGAAUUGCCUGAACAAAAAGUAUCCAGAGAUUGCUCAGGGAUCUAGAGGCUUGUCGACCUUUUACCGAUGCUUCGAUGACGCACUGGAAAACCACUACCGUGCAGAAAGGUACCGAGAAAAAGAAGGAAAGAGGCCCAAAAAGCCAUCCAAGACGGAUACUGAUGAGUAUGCGCUCGAGGUCCGUGUCGACCCAACGUCGCCGCCGCCCAAAAAGCCAAGGAGCCAUUGA